UGUGUAGGCCUAUCAUUUAGUCGCACACUUGUGAAACGAUAGCGUGUUAGUCAAAAAAUAUAUGGAAUAUACUGAAUACUGUAAUGUAUACAGCAACUCGCACAAGUUGGUCACAAGCAGGAAUUAAUUCGCACUAGGUAACAUUCGCACACUCCUCUUCAACAUCGUCCUCUUGGUUCUAUAUUUAGGUCAGUGACUCCAUACUAACCCACCGACCGUUGGAGUUGAAUUGACGAUCGUGAUCAGGGAGGCAGAGUGAUGCUAACACUUAUAUCAAAAUGGAAGAUACCUAUAAUAAUAGUAACCAUGGCUACGUUAGUUACUUUUUGGUCGAGGGAUACAUUUGAUCCAGAAACCAUCAAGGGCAAACGAGUGUUGAUAACGGGCGCCAGUAGUGGUAUCGGAGAGGCAGUAGCAUACAAGUUUUGUAGCAUGGGAGCUAAAGUUUUGGUGACUGCUCGCAGAGAAUCAAGACUGCAACAAGUAAUGAAGCAAUGUAGAAAAUUGGGAGCAGAAUCCGCUUAUUAUAUGCCCCUUGAUAUGUCAAUUCCAAACAACACCAGGCAUCUAGUGAAUGAAGCUGUACAAAGAUUCGGUGGCAUUGACUACCUUAUCUUAAAUCACAUAAUUUCAUACAGCUUUGAGUUUUGGGAAGGUGACUUCGAUUAUCUAGAGAGGACGAUGACGGUGAACUUCGGAGCGUAUGUUGCCUUGGCAACGUUUGCAACGCCGGUGUUGGAGAAGAGCAAAGGCAGGAUAGUGGUGGUCUCGUCGUUAUCUGGUAAGGUACCACUUCCACGAGUCGCAGCCUACAGUGCUUCUAAAUUCGCCGUCAAUGGAUUUUUUGGCGCGUUACGUCAGGAGCAUCAAAUGAAAGGCAUCGACGUAUCGGUGACGCUAUGCAUUAUAGGCCCGGUGGCAACAGAAUCAGCCAUUACAAGUUCAACUGGGGUCAUUGAUAAACGAAUCUUCUUCACAUCGACAUCAGAAACUGCAGACAAAAUUGUCGAAGCGGGAGCUUUACGAUGGCGGGAAAUUCAUUAUCCGAAAUCACUGACAAUAUUUCCAGUUCUUCUACGAGAUAUCGCACCUUGGUUUACGGAAUGGUGUACAACGUUAAGUCACAUACGAUCUUGAAACGUUAACUACUUUUAAUAGUGACGUAUUUUGUCAUGUUACCACCCCUUGUUGC